AUGCUGAUGGAGGUAUUUGCUCAACAAGAAAGUCGCAGGCAAAUGUUCCUGGAGUCGGUGCUUCACCACAUGUGUGUCCUGAGUAGACAGCAAUUGGAUGCAGGUGGAUUAACAGGAGGGGGUGGAGGGGGAGGAGAGGAGGGAGAGGAGCUAGAAGAGGAGAUGACAUGGAUGAUUCUAGGAGAGCUCUUUUCCGUUUCUCAGCUAGACGAGCUGAAAAUCGUCGUCCUUCAAGCAUAUAAAUUGACUGUUAGUGAGAGGAAGAGAUCAGGCUCAAUUUUCAUUGAAUCACUUUUGUUGAAUUUCACCAUUACUCCACGCGAGAGAUACACUAGUGGUCACAUUGGUGGUAGUUCGAAUGGAAUCGAGAGAUGUUUUGUAGAGGCUGCUCUGGAAGACUUGAAGACUAGAGAAGAUAAUAUACAACAAAAUGAAACAAUCAAACAAGGAGAUGAAGAUCAACUGCAGAAACGUAAACAAAAGCGACAGAAGAAAAGAAGAGAAGAGAAACGAAGGGAAAAGAAAGCUGAUAGACAGGAUUACUACCACUAUGAUAUAGUUACAGAGAUAGCAAUAGUUGGAGCUGGUAUUCUUGGCUCAUCUCUGGCAGCUACAUUAGCCAGAGAUGACGAAAGUGACAUACUUGAAAGAGACCUCUCAGAACCUGACAGAAUUGUAGGAGAGCUAUUGCAACCAGGAGGAUUUAGAGCAUUAAAGAAACUUGGACUAGAUGUGAAGGCAGAUCUUACUGUUGUUGCUGAUGGUUGCUUUUCCAAAUUUCGUAAAGAUCUCGUUACUCCAUCAGUGUCAGUGUGGUCCAAUUUUGUUGGAGUCAUUAUGCAUAAUGUCCCACAGUUUGCACCUGGUCAUGCUGAGAUUGUUUUAGGAAAUAGUGGUCCUAUUUUAAUAUAUCAAAUAUCUAGUACCUGUACUCGAAUCCUAGUUGACGUUCCUAGUAAUUUGCCCUCUAACCUCAAGGAUUAUAUGGUGGAAAAAGUUGCUCCACAACUACCAGACUACAUUUGUGGACCAUUUUUAAAAGCAGUGGAAAAUGAUCGUCUACGCAGCAUGCCAAAUAGUUUUCUGCCUCCACUACCUAAUCUGAACCAAGGUGUUAUUAUACUAGGUGAUGCUUUUAAUAUGAGACACCCACUUACUGGAGCUGGGAUGAGUGUAGCUCUAAAUGAUGUUCUUCUCCUUCGUCAAAUAUUUCGUAAUAUAUCACAUCUUACUGAUCAUGAUCAGUUUCAAAAUGCUUUCAAUAGCUUUCAGAUUAAGAGGAAAUGUUCUCAUUCUUUUGUGAUAAAUAUAUUAGCACAGGCACUCUAUGCUUUGUUUGCUUCUCCUGAAGGUCAUAUGAAUGAUUUGAGACAGGCUUGUUUUGAAUAUUUCAAGUUAGGAGGUUUGGCUGUCUCAGGGCCAGUGGGUCCCUAUCUGCGUGAGUAG